AUGGUACGUGGUAUUCAGCAUACUGAGAAGCUUUUCAAAGGAGAGAUUUCAACGACCAUAUUGGAACGACGUCUGGAGGGAACUUCUCUAUUGGACUUUGCUAGAGCAUUAGAUUUGGUGAUAGCAAACUCGAGUUUCCCGAAGAAGGUGGAGCACUUGGUCACCUUCCGUAGUUCGGUGGCCAUAAAUCAGAUUGAUUAUCUUCUCUAUAGGAAGUUCGAUAGAGGUAUUUGCACGGAUUGCAAGCUCAUCCCGAGUGAGAACCUCACGGCCCUUCAUAGGCUCCUGGUCAUGGACCUUGAGAUCAUGAGGAAGAAGAGGAAGAGGUGCAUUAGGGAAGCCGCUAGAGAGGUAUUUGGGAUCUCGAAGGGUUACUUUGGUGGACAUAGAAGAGAAUGCCGGUGGAAUGGAGAGGUGCAAGGAAAAGUGGAGACCAAGAAAGCGGUAUAUCUAAAGCUAGUUGAAAGUGUAGACGAGGAGGAGAGAAGAAUGAAUAAGGAGCAAUAUAAGUUGGCUAAAAAUGAGGCUAAAUUAUCAGUUAUAGCGGCUAAGACUGCAACUUUUGGUCGUUUGUAUGAAGAACUCGAGGGCCGAGGUUGGGAUAAGAGGUUGUUCAAGCGGAUUAGAGUUGAGGAGGUUGGGGAGGUUAUGCGUAAGAUGAGCAGGGGCAGAGCGACUAAGCUGGAUGAAAUUCCGGUGGAGUUUGGAAGAGUGCGGGCAAGAUGGGAUUGGGGUGGCUCACUAGGCUCAUUUGGUACCUAUCCCCCAACAGGAGCUAUUGGCGGCUCCUCAACUGCUGCUCUGGUAGGUGCCCUAGUUGCGGCACGUGAUCCUCUUCAGCCUUUGCCUCUACCCCUAGGGACACCUGCUUCAAAGGAAGCGUCAUUAGUAACUGCAGCUCUUGUCCUCACCAUUUGUGAGAGAACGGAAUGA